GUCGUCCGCGCAGUUUCGCGUUUGCGCCACGAGAAGCGAAUAUCGUCGAUCAUGUCGAUACCGAGGAGAAAGUAAAACCGUCGGAAUUCGAGGAUGCCGUAACGGGGAGAGCCUAGGCCAAGCGGAAACGGUAGGUUUUUAGCUGUUCGCAGCGGUGAUUAUGAAGAAGUCGAGCAAACAUCGGACGGGUGUGGGUAACUUUUCGUCCGUGUGUCUGUCCGACGGGAAGGGGGAGGGAGGGGACCCCCAGGAGAAUCUUACGACCUUCUACGCCAAGGAGCAGGACAUCCCCGAGUACCUGGAAGGUUGUGGCCUGACCACCUGCUCGACCGUCGACAUGCCCGAGGCUGUCGAAGUCGUCCGAGACUCCAAGGAACAGUCCAAAGAGAAAAAACUCUCCGCUACUUCCAUUGCCACUACGGAUACUAAGAAAACCGUCACCGUUAAACACCCCGAGUCCAAUAAGCCGAAGCCAACCAUUAAGAAGGGUAAACCUAUACAAGCCGACUUGGACGUAUCCAAGGAGUUCGUCCGGUGUCGAGACGAGUGCGUAACGCGUCUCGACUUGAGUAAAUCCAGCAUCACCAAUCUUCCCGCUACCGUGAGAGACUUGACUCACUUGGUCGAGUUUUACCUGUACGGUAACAAACUCGUCACUCUGCCUCCCGAGAUAGGAUGCCUGACCAACUUGAAGACUUUGGCUCUCAGCGAGAACUCGCUUACGAGCCUACCGGAUGCUUUGGUAAAUCUCAGGUAUCUGAAGGUACUCGAUCUUAGGCACAACAAGCUAAACGAGAUUCCGGACGUCGUUUAUAAGUUAACUUCCCUCACGACCUUGUUUCUACGCUUCAAUCGGGUCAGAUACGUCGGCGAUGAUAUACGAAAUCUUACCAACUUGACCAUGCUCAGUCUGAGGGAGAACAAAAUCAGAGAGCUUCCCGCGGGUGUUGGAAAGCUCGUUAAUUUAGUUACGUUCGACGUGUCGCAUAAUCAUUUGGAACACUUACCCGUGGAGAUCGGCAACUGUGUACAGUUAUCCACGCUCGACUUACAGCACAACGAACUAUUGGACAUCCCGGAGACUAUCGGCAAUUUAGUCGCAGUGACGAGAUUGGGAUUGAGAUACAAUCGAUUGUCCAGUAUUCCAAAGUCAUUGGCGAAUUGUAGAUUAAUGGACGAGUUCAGCGUGGAGGGGAAUCAAGUAUCGCAACUGCCCGAUGGAUUGCUGUCGAGUCUCUCUGACUUAACAACGAUUACGUUAUCGAGAAAUUCUUUUACCGCUUAUCCUUCCGGGGGACCUUCUCAGUUUACUAACGUGUAUUCCAUUAACUUGGAGCACAAUCAAAUCGACAAGAUUCCGUAUGGGAUCUUUUCAAGAGCCAAGAAUCUUACUAAACUCAACAUGAAGGAAAAUCAACUGACCGCUUUGCCUCUAGACAUCGGAACGUGGACCAAUAUGGUGGAACUGAAUCUCGGGACGAAUCAGCUGAUCAAGAUCCCGGAUGACAUUCAAUGUCUGGAAAGUCUAGAGAUUCUUAUUCUCUCAAACAAUUUACUGAAACGUAUUCCUGCCAGCAUAGCAAAUUUGAGAAAACUCCGAGUACUGGAUCUUGAAGAAAACCGAAUCGAAUCGCUUCCCAAUGAAAUUGGAUUUCUUCGAGAUUUACAAAAAUUAAUUUUACAGUCGAAUCAAGUAACGUGUUUACCGAGAGCCAUCGGGCAUCUAACAAAUUUAACACACUUGAGCGUUGGGGAAAACAAUCUUAAUUACCUGCCCGAAGAGAUCGGUACGCUGGAAAAUCUGGAUUCCCUCUAUGUUAAUGACAAUGCUAAUUUGCACAGCCUCCCGUUCGAGCUGGCACUCUGCACUAAUCUCAGUAUUAUGUCGAUUGAAAACUGUCCGCUCUCACAAAUUCCACCAGAGAUCGUCUCUGGAGGACCAUCCCUGGUCAUACAAUUCCUCAAGAUGCAGGGACCUUAUCGAUCGAUGUAAUGACAUCAGGGGUUACAAUUUAAUGUGACUGUACACUUAAAAUUGGUAAUUUCUUUUCUUCCGUAAUGCACAUUGACUGCAAGCAGAACGAGUACCUGUCUGUCACUCGAAUGGAAUACAAUAGCUAAAAUAAUCGUGCAUCGAUAACGGCAAGUGCACACUCAAAGUGUUUUAUUAUUAAUUUUAGUGUAUUCCGUUAGUAUUAGUUUGUAAAACAAUUAUUAUUGGAACGUAAUGUUACAAACAUCUUCAAUAGUUAGAAAAGAAGAUUUUUAAGAAACAUACUUGUACGGUGGCGAUCGAUUCUGAACUUGCCCUUAAACGUUGAUUGAAUUGAUGCACGGAUAUUUUUUUUUUCCAUUGCACAAAUUGCAGAAAUAAGAUUCCUAUAUAUCGUCAAAAUUGUUGAUGCAAAAUUUUGUGUAUUCCCAAUUACGCAUUAUUUUAAACCUAUCUUAUACGCUUGUAAUUUCCUUGUCUUUUUUUUUUUUUACUUUCGGCCAUAGGCUGACAAGCAACAAGAGUUCCAAGCGUGUAUCGAUAGAAUAAUUUCUUGCAAUUAUUUGCACCGUUCUCGUUGAUCGUAUGUAUACAUACAUAUGCAUAUAUUUCAUUUUAACAUCAUAGUACGGGCCACUUCAUGUAACAAUCUUUGCAUGUGCCAUUCAGCAGCGAAUUUUUAUAAGUCUUAUAACAAUAGUGAUUUGUUGGUUUAAUACUUUGCGUGCGUUAAGAAUGUAGAUACCGAAGCGGGUGAUUUCCAUGUGUCUAAUGUGCAACCACAGGAAUGUUGUCAAUUCUUGUAAAGUUGUUUCUUUUUGUAAAGAGUCUUGCAACUAUUUUUACAUUUUACACGGACUUAAUCGUAAUUGGUGUUGAUUGUUUUUCAAGAUUGAUCGACUAUUCACGAAUCCAAAGUAUAACUGGAUUUUCCAAUGGCCAAAAGUCAAACUUCAGAUUUUCAUCUUAACAAAGUCUAAAUGCUUAGGACUCCGAAGCAUCGACAGAUGAGACGCUUUAUGCGCUCGGUAAUUGGCAGCAUUUUGAUUUAAAUUAUUUUCUAGACUCAUUGUCUGAAUAUAACUUAUCGUAAAGAAUUCAUUUGUUUUUGAUGCGGUAUUCGCGCGGGUCGCUCGAAGAGCGUAAGCAAUAUCGAAGCCCUGUCAUUUUAGCUGUGCACAAGUGGACUGUAAUAAUUUUUUUAAUACCUUUAUCUCCGGGAUGCCUAUCAUCGAUUGAAAAAUGAUGAUAUACCACAAAUAUUUAUUAACAUCGUUCAAGGUGAUGGAAAUUGUUUACUUUGAAACAGAAAUUUUUAAUUUCUCCCGUUUCUCUGUCCAAAGUGAGAUUAAAUAACGUCAAGAGUUCGAGAGAAAGCUCACGAACGGGAAAAAGAAACUGUUUCUUAACUGGCGUUGUUUCAGAAACUUAUGAAUAGGGUAAGAUAAUUAGUUGUUGCUUCCGCAAUGGUGACUACUACUUUUUGGUAACAAGUAGAUAGGUUAAAAAUACACCGAUACCCUAAAGGUUUCCUCUGCUUAUGGUUGCUAACAACUGUGACUCUUACUCUAGUUGAGUAUUUUUCAACGAUCCUUCGAAAUUCUACGAAAGAGCCUUUGGAUCAAAUUUGAGACUCCUGUGGCUGUGCAAUAAUAAGUGUAUGCUUCCUUCGGUUAAUGCUUUACCUUAUGCAUUGUUAUGUUAACUCUUUCGUAAACAUGUUAAUUACAAUAACUGUGCAACUACUUCGAGCUUUCAACUAUGCGUUUAUUCGUGACUACCCUAACUUGCCCUAGAAACUCCUGUUACGCAAACAUGUACAUUUUAAACAUUGCUGUGAUUAUCGAUAUUGUCAAAGAGCGUAAGGAUUUCAUUUGAGCAAUUCUGCAUUUCUAUUUUCUAUACAUAUAUAUAUAUCCACGUCUCUUGUUUUCUCUUACUCUUUGGGUACCGAUCACCCAUUGAGUUCGAUUAAACUUGUUAAAGGCAAAUUAGAAGACUCUUCGCAGUAGGUACGGCGCACACUACUGCAUUUUAUAAAUACAUUACAACAAUUGUAUCCUGAAACGUGUUUUCAAAACACUGGCAUGUGUCACCGAUCACACGUGAUGGUAGAACGCAACCUCUGAGGGUUAAUCGAUUGCACUUUAACUACGUUACCAACGACUACUGCGUAAGGCAUUCGGUGUCUCAAUUGCACGUUUAUAAAUUUGUAAUACUGUCAUAGUGAUUGUUUAGAUAACAGGUCGCCAAUACGUUGCCUCGACGAGUGCUUCCGAAAUCUGAUAUUGUCCGUUAAGAAAGUACAGACUUCUAGAAGGACUAUACGUUUAGUGAGUUAUCGGUUCGAGCGAUGCGAAGAAAGUUUCUACAGUGAUAAAGUAAUCGACAAGUAGAGAAUUUGCAGUAAGCUCUACCGUACUCGUGCCAGCCGCUCUCCUCGUGCUUUUUCUUUUUCAAUUUGUCGUUAGUGCGUGAAUUGUAAUUUCCAUAGGAACGAUGUUUAUCGAAAGCUCGACCAGUGUUCAUGGGGGUAUAAUCGUUCCCUUCCGCUACAAAGUACGCGGUUCACCCUUUACUCGCGCUGGAUUGCAAUCAACUUUUGUAUAUAAUUGUACUCUUUCGUUUGUUGUUUAGGGUUGUCUCGUUUCUUGUAUUUUUUACAACUGUGACAAUUCACAAACCUGUGUUCUGGACGAAUAUGAUUCGCUACCCACAUAAGCAUAGGCACUGCAAGGGUGUAAACACAGAUUAGAAUUUUUUUUUCCUCAUUGAUUGACGACAAGCCAACCGUAAAAAAAAAACGCGAAAAAAAAAGAUAUUUGAGCUUUGUCGUUGCCAGCAAAUAUUACCUUUGAUUUGCUGAAUAACUGGGAACGUUUUGGGGUAAUUCAGGGGAAAACAUGUCAAACUGUUGGAGAGUAAUAGAGAGAGGCUGAGAGAGAAAUUGUUGAAAUUAAGAUAUUUAAAAAGUUGUAUUUUGUCAUAAGAUGAGAUCGCUGUAUAUUAUACAACAUAUUUUUACAGAUAUUUUCCCAAGUCGAAUAUUCAUUACUCAUGAACACGAGUAUUUGGUUUUACAUAAGAACUUUAAAUAGCUGUUAACAUAACUAUGAUCCUCCUUGUUAUACCUCAGGGCAUAAAGAAAUAUAUAACUAGCCAUAAAAGUUCUUGUAGGUUGACAUUAGGCGAAGAAAUGAUAUAAAUAUGUAUACAUACAUAUAGAUAUAUAAAAAGGCUCUGUAUGCCAUUAUGCCUACAGAUGUAUGUUUGUAUCUUUGUGCAAGAAACGAAGAAAGUGAUGCUUUCUAUACGCCCAUCGCUGGAGUAAAUGCUAGUACGUAACUCGUUAUGAUUAACUGUUUAACAGAUUAAAUCUAAACUAGAUGUCCUACGAUCCUAUGUUUUGAAAAUGGCGAAUCUAUGUGAAUAUUGUCAAUCAAAUAGUAUACUAUUUUCAAAACGUAAAUCCGUUGAAUAGCCCAUGGGGCAUUAUAUUGUACAUUUAAUUUAAAAAAUGUAAUAUUAAUGUAAUUCAAUGUAUAUUACAUAAUUAUAUAGAUCACUGUAUAAAUAUUUCUAAAUAUACCAAUGUACUAUAAACAAGA